ACCAACACUGAACUAUUUGUUUUGAAUUCGGAAUUUAAGACAAUAUAUAAACAGUAAAACGACGCUAUGAGUAAAUCAGAGUUAACCCUGCAACAAAUUCUUCAUCUGCGGGAAGUUCAGAUGCGUAUGAUUAAAAGCAGAGCCGAAUAUCUACGACUCUACCGCGCUAUAGUUAAAAAGGCCAUGACUACGGAGUUAACUGAACUGGUAAACGGUGAUUAUAAUAUAAUAAGUGCUGAGCUGAAUGUGCCAAAAGAACUACCUCAGAUGUUAGGCACUCAGCGGGAUAAGGAACAAUAUACGCCCAUGAUACAGUUGGACAUGCUCGAAGAGCUCUAUGAUGCCGCCGAGGAAGGUUUCGAGAUGCUAAAGUCCUGAUUUGUUUCACCUAAGCUAGAAUUUUCAUUCUGCAGCGAAUGGCCAUGUAAAAUGCGAUGUAUGUGCUGGAGGCACUCAAACGAAGGAGACAGCGCCUGAGGAAGUAGAAAUUGUUAAAUUUGAUUUAAUAUAGUUUAAUUGUAAUUUACGUUAAAUAAUGGAAUUAUGGGUUUCCGAUCAAACAUUCCUCCUUUAGUUCUCAUAAUUAACAUAUACUUCACAUCCAGCUGUAAUAUAAAGAUGUAUGAUUUUAA